AAGAGGAGUCGCUUGUGCUCGAAGGCAUCAGCGGCACUGCCCAGCUGAGGUGUCACGGCCACUUCCACAGUGCCAUCGCCUGACGCGAACACUUCUGCAAUUGCCUCCACUCCACGCCACCUGCUACCUGCUACCAGAGGCAUCAUGGGCUUCUGGAAGCUCUCCCCCUUCCUCGCUCUUGGCAUCUUGGUCCUGUACCAGGCGGGCAUCCUCCAGGCAGCGCCAUUCAGGUCUGCCUUGGAGAGCCGUCUGGCUGCUGCUCCACUCACUGAGGAGGAUUUGUGCAUCCUACUGGCUUCCAUGGUGAAGGACUACCUGCAGAACAAGAUCAGCGAGAUGGAACUGCAGCAGGAGGCUGAGGAUGCUCGCAUCACUGCCCAGAAGAGAGGCUGCAACACUGCCACCUGUGUGACUGAUAAGCUGGCUGGCUUGCUGAGCAGAUCUGGAGGCAUGUUGAAGAGUAACUUUGUGCCCACCUAUGUGGGCUCCAAAGCCUUUGGCCGUCGCCGCAGGGAAGUUCAGGAAUGAGCAGCUAAAUGACUCCAGUAAGAAGGUCAACAUGAAGCUGAACUCUACUUCUUUUCCUGCAUAGUAAAAGCACCUUGUAGGAAAGCAUGGAAGACACACACAUAUGCAUGCUGCUUCAUGUUGAAAUCAUUCUUCCUUGUUUAAAAUAAAUUAAAGCUGCAUGAUAAUAAAGCUUUAUUGCAAUGA